AUGGAUGAAGACCCAGCGUCGUGCAUAAGUCUGACUGACACGAAACGACAGAAGUGCAUGGCCUAUGUUAAGGGUAAGCAAACCAAGGCGGCCCAGUCAAAGAGAGACGCUUGCGCAAACUCACUAAUCAACGUGGUCGGGGGCGUCAUAUUCUCGGCCCUCAAGAGCUCCAUGACCCCACGAGACCGAUUGGGGAACCAAUACAUGGUCAACUGUAUUGAUCAUCGGUCAAGUUACUGUCGAGUGUUUUUGUCCAAGACGAAGGAUGCAGUUGCGUUAAAGCUCAAACUCUUCAUGGCAAGCUUCGAACGUGAAUUUAAGUUCAAGAUCCACGUCUUACGCACUGACGGUGGAGGAGGCCACAAGACCAUCAAAUUAUUCUGCUCGACAGAAGGCAUCUUGCGUCAAGUGAGUGAAGCGAGAAACCAAGCGAGCAACGCCAUGGCUGAAAGGAUGCACCGCACCAUCAUGAACAUGGUGCGGAGCAUGGUCUUUGCGUCAAACAUCCCACUGUCGUUUUGGGGCGAUGCCGCAGAGUACGCUGCGUACAUUUCGAUCCGUGGCCGCACCAAGUCGAAUCCUGAAGGAUUAUCACCUGUAGCGUUUCUGACGAGUAAGGCUGCCGUGCUGAAGGACACAGUUGCUUUCGGUUCAACAUGCACUACGUGA